AAAGUGAAACUCGUCCAAGAUGGGGAAGGGCUUCAACAACUACAUGUGCAAAAAGUUCUUCCACCCUGCCUCUGCGGACAACUUGAAGAGGGUUUGGAUCGCGCAGAAGAAGACCGAGGUGGAGAAGAAGAAGCAGGACGAGCUGAGAACCCAAUAUGACAGGGAGCAAGAAUUGUACCAGAACAAGGCCCUGCUGUCCAAGGAGAGCAAGGAUAAACUGGAACUCAACUUUAUGUAUGAACCUCCACCAGGUGUGAAGAAGAUAGGAGAGGAGGAGAAGGGUGAGGGCGGGGAACCUGAAUAUAAGUUUGAAUGGCAGAGAACCUGGGGACACGCCCCUAAAGAGUCCUAUCUAGAGAAAGGAGAUGAUUUCAUGGAACAACCUUUUGGUAUUCAGGUGUGCCAGGCCAAGUGCAUCAAAUGUGGCAAGUUUGGGCACAUGAACACGGAUAAAAGGUGUCCGCUCUACGGGAAGAGUUUAGAUCACGACGCUCCAAUUCAGAACGUUGAUCAGAACAAACUUAUCGAAGAGAUGAAGGCUGAAGGACUGGCAAUGAGAUACAGUUCCUGGGAUCUGAAGAAGGAGGUUGGACCUAACCACGCUAUGGUGGAGGAGGAGAAGGGAGUUGACCGGGUCGAAUUACUCAAGACAAUGAGCAAGGAAGAGAAGAAAAAGCUUCUGAAGAAGUUGAAGAAGAUGGAGAAGAAGGAAGCCAAGAGGGAUAAGAAGAAGAGAAAGAAAGGAUCAAAGUCAGAUUCCGAAGAUGAUUGGCAGGAGAAGAAGAUAAAAGGAGCAGCUAGUCCCGAGAUAUAUUCGAAAAAUGGAGACAAGAGAAUGGAAGAUGAGAGAAAGCAAGAUAGGUCAAGGAGUAAAGACAAACGAAGGAAAUCAGAUAGCGGUGACAAACCAAGAAAGAGAUCUGAAAGUCGAGAAGAUCGCUCAGAUAGAAAACGAGAUAAUUGGGAGAAGAAAAUGGAUAGAUCAGAAAAUAGAGAUAGGAAACGAGAAAAAAGAUCGGAUAGCAGAGACCGGAAAAGGAGUCGAUCCGAUAGCAGAGACCGGAAAAGGGACCGAUCCGAUAGCAGAGACCGGAAAAGGGACCGAUCUGUUAGCAGAGAAAGAAGGCGAGAAAGACCCGUUAGUAGAGACAGGAAGAAAGAAGAUCGUAGGAGGGAUCGGAAUUAAACUUGUGAACUAGAUGAUAUAUUGUAUUGCCGAAAUUUUUUGUCUUAAUUCUAAUUCUAGUUCUAAUUCUAAGUUGUCAAUAGUUUGUGUAAAAAUGUUGAUUAAUGAUUAACUUCUUGUUGCAG